AUGACAAGCAUAGACGAGCUGUUCAAGGUAUGUCCAGUCGCUUCUUGCAGCCAAUUGAAGCAAUUGUUAACAAAUCCAAAGGGCGUAAGCGGGAACAAACGCAAGCUCGAACCGCUUCGAGAUCCAAACCAAGUAUAUAAAUCCGCCCGCACAAAUGGAAGCUCCAGCAGACAUGCACGGGUAGAAGACGGGCCCACAGAAGACGCCGACGACACCGAAGCCGGACCAGUACCACCACCCGAAGACGAUGAGGAAGGUGAUUACGGUCCUAGCCUACCAGCCGACGAAGGAGAAGAAGAGGAGGAGGACGCCGGCGACGAUGAGGAGGGGGGCCGGUUCUUCGGCGGCGGCAUCAGCGCGCAGCAGCGCGAGAUCCUGGACUACGUGGACGGGGCGGACGACCAGCUCGGGGAGUUCCGGGAGGAGAAGAUCGACGUGGCCUGGCUGCGCAAGACGGCGCUCAACUUCGAGCGGCACAUAUCCAAGAACGCCGAGCUGAGGGCGAGGUUCGAGGACCAGCCCGCCAGGUUCAUCGAGAGCGAGGCCGACCUCGACGCCGACGUCAAGGCGCUGAGCAUCCUGGCCGAGCACCCCGAUCUGUACAGGGAGUUCGCCAGGCUCGGCUGUGCCGCUAGUCUGGUCGGGCUGCUGGCUCACGAGAAUAGCGACAUCGCCAUCGAUGUCCUAGAGCUGUUGAACGAGCUCACGGAUGAGGACGUGCCGGCCGAGGACGAGCAGUGGAAUGCCCUGGUCGAUGCGUGUCUGGAUGCUGAUCUGCUGGGACUGCUGUUCAGUAACAUGGAGCGACUGGACGAGAAGGAGGAGGUGGACCGGAAUGGUGUCUACCACGCGCUCAACAUCUGCGAGAAUCUGUGCUCGAGAACAGCCACGGCGGAAAGGAUAGGAGGACAGGAGAAUCUGGUGAAGUGGUUACUUGACAGGAUGCAGGCCAAGGAAAGGGUGGUCAGCCAGAACAAGCAGUACUCAGCCGAGAUCUUGGCCAUCCUGGUGCAAUCGAGUUCGAAAAACCGGAGGCAGCUGGCCGCGCUGGACGCGGUCGAUAUCAUGCUGCAGCUGAUAGCACCAUAUCGAAAACGUGAUCCCGACAAGGGCGGCGAGGAGGAAGAGUACAUGGAGAAUCUGUUCGAGGCGCUCACCUGCAUCGCGGACGAGGCCGAGGGCAAGUCCAAGUUUAUCGAGGCAGAAGGCAUCGAGCUGUGCCUGAUCAUGCUGAAGGAGGGCAAGAUGAGCAAAAUCGCCUCCCUCCGAUUGUUAGACCACGCCGCGGGCGGUCCAACCGGCGCCGAAGUAUGCGCCAAGAUCGUCGAAGCGGGCGGGCUGAAGAACCUGUUCACGCUAUUCAUGAAGAAGAACGACAACCAGACCUCGGAGCACCUCGUCAGCAUCUUCAGCUCGAUGCUGCGAUCGUUACCGGCCGACUCGGCGGAGAGGAUACGGACCUUGGCCAAAUUCGUGGAGAAGGACUAUGAAAAGACGACCAAGCUGGUCAAAUUACGGCGGGACUACGCAUCAAGAGUGGCCACUGUUGACGAGACGAUCCGUACGGAGCAGUCACGGAUGAAUGCCCAAGACAGAGAAGAGAUGGCCGAUGAAUGGUUCUCCCGCAGGUUAGAUGCAGGACUCUUCUCGUUACAAACCGUCGACGUCCUGUUGGCCUGGUUGGUAGCCGAGGACGGUGGUGCCCGGAGGAAGAUCAAGGCAUUGUUGGCAGAACGGGAUGAGACAUUGGCCGUGGUCAAGCAGACGAUUGAGGAGCAGAUUGAGGGCAUGGACGUUGAAGAUCAGGAAACCAAAGAUACCCGUGAGAUGCUCACUACGCUGGCCCAGUUUCUGCAAUAG